UUUGAUGCUCUACGUCAAAUAAUGUGGGUUGUAUCGUGAUUUCAACAGAUAAGCAGACGGACAUCGACAAAUAAACUUAGAAUUCUAUUCUGAUUAUGAAUAUAUAUACUUUAUGGGGUCUACGACGAAUAUUUAGGGAUGUUACACACGGAAUGGCAAAGUUAAUAUACCCUCCUUUCCAAGUUGGAGGGUAUCAUGAUAUAUCUAUACAUUUAAAAGUUAGAGAAUUUUUUGCAAGAAAAAUUAUUUUGAAUCAUUAAACUCCAAAAAAUACUCACCACCAGAUGUUCACCAACACCCUGUUACAUAUUUAACCACCACCAUUGUAACGGAAUUUCAACGCAAUCAAAACACUUAUACAUCCCUGUUGACAAAUGCCAUUGUGAAUGGUGCAUCCUUAACGUUUCCAUUAGGGAUGUUCAAAGAGGAAUUUCGGGAGCAUGCGUUCAACGACAACUAUGAAAAUUUUUUUGGCAAUGUAAGGCAAAACGAAGGAUAGAAAUCCACAUUUUACACUAAAUUUUGUUGGCGUUAGUUACUUGUUAUAACGUUACAUAAAAAAGAUUUUUAGUGUUCACCAACCAAAUCUCAAAAUCCAAAAGAAAAAAAUUAUAAUUUGUAUCGAUUUCUAUCUGUAUGUCUGCCUGUCCAUCUCAGCACUCAUUGUUUGCUGGUUACGGUGCUACAACGGUCAUUGUGUUGGAGAAAAUGUCGUUUUUAUUAAUGGGCCAAAUGUAAGCAGGAAAAAAGUGGAUCAAAGCCAUCAUUGCAAAGGAGGAAAAAAAUGUAUAACAUUAGAAAAAAAAUUGAAAAUUUUUCGAAUUGGGGAAAAUCAACGGAACCACGAAGUUAUAAUUGAAAAAAAAUCAACUCCCCUGGUAUUGGUUUUGGGGAUAAAAAAGUAUCCCUUGCAUUUUAUCCAAAGAGGUUUCCUUAAAAAAACCCCAAGAAAAUUACUUAAAUUUGGCAAUACCCCCACCCACAAAAUUGGCCCCCUUUUGAAAGCAUUAUUCAACGCAACACAGUUGUCAGCAUCGUAUUUGUAGUAGAGUAGAGCAGCAGUCAAACGCCAACGAAAGAAACAUACAAAAGAGAACCAAAGCCACCUUCACCCCUGUUAUCGCAACCCACCCUGCUUUACAUCCUUUCAUUGUUGUACAUCGUCGCCGUCAUCCAUCCUUACAUCCAACCAUUCGAACUUCGUCUAGCAUUGGAAUUAUUUAAUCAUGGCCUUUUUAAAUAAAUUGAAAUCGGCACCCUUACCACCUUUGAAAAAUAUCCUCAAUGUAGCCGUUCAGACUGCUCGCCAACAUAUGCCCGAUAAGAAGGACUAUGAACAACCAGGUGGUGGUAGACCGACAAUGCCACAACAGCCCGACAGUACACAGGCCAUGUUCCAGGGCGAUGAGAAUACCUAUGGAACUACCGAUGAUAGACCGACAGAAUUAAAUCCCUUUCGCAAUCCAAACGGUUGGAUGGAUGAAGGCGAUGGCGGAGAGGCAAAAGGUGAAGGCUAUCAAACGACCUCAUUCAAUGAAUAUGAUGGACGAUAUCAGCAAGCAGAUGCUAUACGACAAGGCAGCAUCGCUUCCGAAGGCAGUUCAUUUGUGUGCGAAGGUGAAGGUGGCGGUGGUUCAAAAAUCGAUGAAAUGCAAGCGGCCUGGAAUGUCACCAAUGCUAUACAGGGUAUGUUCAUUGUAUCGCUGCCAUUUGCUGUACUCCAUGGUGGCUAUUGGGCCAUCAUUGCCAUGGUGGGCAUUGCCUACAUUUGCUGUUAUACGGGAAAAGUGUUAGUGCAAUGCCUGUACGAGCCGGAUCCAGCCACAGGACAAUUGGUACGAGUACGCGACAGUUAUGUAUCCAUUGCAAAGGUGUGUUUUGGUCCGCAGUUGGGAGCAAGAGCUGUAAGUAUUGCCCAACUGAUUGAGCUGCUGAUGACAUGUAUUUUGUAUGUGGUGGUGUGUGGCGAUUUGUUGGCGGGCACUUACCCCCAGGGUUCAUUGGAUUCUAGAUCCUGGAUGAUGUUAGUUGGUAUCUUUCUACUGCCAAUGGGUUUCCUGAAGUCUUUGAAGAUGGUAUCGCUUCUUUCCUUUUGGUGUACCAUGUCCCACAUUGUCAUAAAUGUGGUUAUUUUGGGUUAUUGCAUUUUACAAAUUGGCGAUUGGGGUUGGUCCAAGGUCCGUUGGAGCAUUGAUUUUGAGAAUUUCCCCAUUUCGCUGGGUGUCAUUGUAUUCUCGUAUACAUCACAGAUUUUUUUGCCCACACUGGAGGGCAAUAUGAUUGAUCGUUCCAAAUUCAAUUGGAUGUUAGAUUGGUCACAUAUUGCCGCGGCUGCCUUUAAGGCCGGCUUCGGGUACAUAUGUUUUUUGACCUUUCAAAAUGAUACCCAGCAGGUUAUCACCAACAAUCUGCAUUCCCAGGGUUUCAAGGGAUUGGUGAAUUUCUUCUUAGUCAUCAAGGCUAUAUUGAGUUAUCCCUUGCCAUAUUAUGCUGCCUGUGAGCUGUUGGAACGCAACUUCUUUCGUGGUCCACCAAAAACGAAAUUUCCCACCAUUUGGCAUUUGGAUGGAGAGUUAAAAGUUUGGGGCUUAGGCUUUCGUGUAGGGGUUAUUGUCUCUACCAUAAUGAUGGCAUGUUUCAUACCUCACUUUUCGAUUCUGAUGGGUUUCAUUGGCAGCUUCACCGGCACAAUGUUGAGUUUCAUUUGGCCAUGUUAUUUCCAUUUGAAAAUCAAGGGCCAUCUAUUGGAUCAAAAGGAAAUGGCCAAGGAUUACAUAAUUAUUGGUUUGGGGGUAUUGUUCGGGGUAAUAGGCAUAUAUGAUUCAGGUAAUGCGUUGAUAAAUGCAUUCGAAAUCGGUCUUCCAUUUUAAAGAAGAUGAAAAGGAAACGAGCAGGAGAAAGAAAAUACAAAGAUAUCAUACAAAUUUCAAUUAGAACAAAAGAAAAACCGAAAAUUUAGUUUUAAUUCGAGAAAAAUAUUGAGCAACAUAUAUUAUUUAUAGCGAAAUAUAUACAUUAACCAUUAUAUAAACACAAACAUAACAAUACAAAACUAAUGCAACAAAUGUCUUCCAACAAGAAAUCAAAAUAACAAAAUUAAUUAUAAUUAAAUUUAAAAAUCGAAAAUUGUCUUCCAAUAAAUUGUAGAAAAAAUUAAAUAGUUUUAAGUGCGAAACGAUAACAAUAAACAUAUAAUUUAUAAAUAUAUAAAAAAAACUAUUUAAAGAUAAAUCAUGUCUUCCUAAACAAUAUUAAUUGUAACUGUAUUUAUCUAAUUAUACUAUACACAAAUAUUUAUAAAAUAAUUCACAAAUUUAACAAAAAGAAAAAUGUAUAACAAAAUUAUGAAAAUACUAAUAAUCAUAAACGUUUUUUAUUGUUUUAAUUUUUCAUCAAACAACCCAAGAAAAAAGACAUUAUGGUUUUUCCAUCAAACAAUUGUUCAUUUUUCCCCCAUUCGACAUCUACAACUAAUAAAUGGAUGUUUUUUUUUUUUAACAAAAUCAUAGUUAGUUAGUUUCCCUUAAAUCACAAAUGAUUAUUUGCUAAUUUUUAACAAAAACAAAUAUACGAAUAUUGAAAGUUAAAAAACGUA